AAUUCACAAACGUAAUUCCAUUUCACAUGUGAUUGGUUUGGGUACGAAAAGCUAUGGAGAGUUAUCUAAAGGAGAACUUUGAGGUCGAACACAAGAACCCGACUGAAGAAGCGCUCAAGAAAUGGCGAUCGGCCGUGUGGCUCGUCAAGAACCCUCGUCGCAGGUUUCGUAUGGUGGCUGAUCUUGCCAAACGGGCAGCAGCCGAGAAGAAACGAAGGAAGAUCCAGGAGAAGAUUCGGAUAGCUUUAUAUGUUCAAAAAGCAGCAUUGCAGUUCAUUGAUGCUGCUAAUCGAACCGAGCGUAAGCUCUCUGAAGAAGUCGUUCAAGCAGGCUACGAUAUAGAACCUGAAGAUCUUGCGUAUAUAGUCCGUUCCCAUAAUAACCGGACCUACGAAUUCCAUGGAGGACUCCAAGGACUUUCAAGAAAAAUCAAAGUCUCAUUGAGAGAUGGUGUCAUUUCAAGCGAUAUAGAAAAAAGACAACAAAUCUUUGGCUGUAAUCGGUUUGUGGAAAAGCCUCCGAGGCCCGUUUGGAUGUUUGUUUGGGAUGCGUUGCAGGAUUUGACUCUAAUCAUUCUCAUGGUUUGUGCUGUGAUCUCCGUUGGCGUUGGCAUUGCCACGGAAGGGUGGCCGAAAGGUAUGUAUGAUGGGCUGGGAAUAAUUCUCUGCAUAUUUUUGGUGGUGGUGGUUACUGCAGUUAGUGAUUAUAAGCAGUCUUUGCAAUUCAAAGAUUUGGACAAAGAAAAGAAAAACAUCAUCAUUCAGGUCACACGAGAUGGGACGAGAAAGAAGGUUUCCAUUUAUGAUUUGGUGGUAGGGGAUAUUGUUCACCUGUCGAUUGGAGAUCAAGUGCCUGCAGACGGGAUCUUUAUCGAUGGUUAUAGUUUGUCUAUUGAUGAAUCAAGUUUAUCAGGUGAAAGUGAACCGGUGAAUAUAGACAAAAAGCGACCUUUUCUUUUAUCAGGGACUAAAGUUCAAGAUGGUUCCGGUAAAAUGCUGGUAACUUCUGUAGGAAUGAAAACAGAAUGGGGAAGAUUAAUGGUGACUUUGAGUGAAGGUGGGGAUGAUGAGACUCCAUUACAGGUGAAGCUUAAUGGGGUGGCUACCAUUAUUGGGAAAAUUGGUCUAGCUUUUGCGGUUUUGACGUUUCUGGUGCUGACUGCACGGUUUAUAAUUAUGAAAAUUGUUCGAAAUGAGAUGGGUAAAUGGUAUAUGAGCGAUGGUUUGGAGCUUUUGAACUAUUUUGCUAUAGCAGUGACUAUAUUGGUGGUUGCUGUGCCAGAAGGGCUACCAUUGGCGGUGACCUUAAGUUUGGCUUUUGCCAUGAAGAAACUAAUGAACGAUAGGGCCCUCGUGAGACAUCUUUCUGCUUGUGAAACGAUGGGCUCAGCUACCUGCAUUUGUACAGAUAAAACAGGAACUUUAACCACAAAUCAUAUGGUCGUGACCAGACUUUGGGUCGCCGGAGAAUCUAGAGAGAUUAGAACUAAAGACCUCAAAUCUUCCAUACCUGAGAAAGUUUUGAGUGUUCUUUUGCAAUCUGUGUUUUUAAAUACCAACUCCGAGAUCGUGAAGGAUGAAAAUGGAAAGACCAAUAUAAUCGGUUCUCCAACAGAGACGGCACUUUUAGAGUUUGGACUACUUUUUCAGAGUAGUUACAAUGCAGAUUCUAAAGGUGUUAGGAUACUGAAAGUUGAACCUUUUAACUCGGUGAAGAAAAAGAUGUCUGUGUUAGUGGCUCUUCCGGGAGGAAAACUACGAGCAUUCUGCAAAGGUGCGUCUGAAAUUAUAUUAAAAAUUUGUGAUAAGAUUGUGAAUGAAGAUGGAGAGAUUGUAGAAUUAUCAGAAAAACAAAGGAAAACUAUAACAGAUGUGAUAAAUGGUUUCGCGUGUGAAGCUCUUAGAACGAUAUGUUUGGCUUUCAAGGAUCUAGAGAAGGAAUCCAUCAGUAAUGAUAAUAUUCCCGAGAGUAAUUACACGAUAAUUGCAGUAGUUGGAAUCAAGGAUCCAGUAAGGCCAGGGGUGAAAGAGGCUGUCAAGACUUGUUUGGAUGCGGGAAUUAUGGUUAGGAUGGUGACUGGUGACAAUAUCAAUACGGCUAAAGCCAUUGCUAGAGAAUGUGGGAUUUUAACAGCAGAUGGUUUGGCGAUCGAAGGGCCUGAUUUUCGUGAAAAAAGUCUUGAACAGUUAAAGGAUAUAAUACCUAAACUUCAAGUGAUGGCAAGAUCAUUGCCUCUGGAUAAACAUAAGUUAGUUACCCUUUUAAGGAAUGAAUUCAAGGAAGUUGUUGCUGUAACUGGUGAUGGGACUAAUGAUGCUCCUGCAUUGCAUGAAGCUGAUAUUGGUCUAGCCAUGGGUAUAGCUGGAACUGAGGUUGCAAAAGAAAAUGCCGAUAUUGUGAUUAUGGAUGACAAUUUUAGGACAAUAGUAUACGUUGCUAGAUGGGGUCGUUCAGUUUACAUAAACAUCCAAAAGUUUGUGCAAUUCCAAUUGACGGUUAAUGUGGUUGCGCUCAUGACAAAUUUUGUUUCUGCAUGCACAGCAGGUUCUGCUCCUCUUACUGCUGUCCAAUUGCUUUGGGUGAACAUGAUUAUGGAUACGCUUGGUGCUUUAGCUUUGGCUACAGAACCUCCUCAUGAUGGCUUAAUGAAAAGACCUCCGAUUGGGAGAGAUGUCAACUUUAUAACAAAGAUUAUGUGGCGGAACAUCAUUGGGCAAAGCAUUUAUCAACUCAUCGUCCUUGGCAUUCUCCAAUUUGAUGGAAAGCGGCUUCUUAAUCUCCAUGGUUCAAAUUCUACUGCCAUCCUCAAUACAUUGAUCUUUAAUACCUUCGUGUUCUGCCAGGUAUUUAAUGAAAUAAACAGUCGUGAUAUGGAGAAGAUAAAUGUGCUAAGAGGAAUAUUUGAUAGUUGGGUGUUCAUGAUCGUUAUGAUCUGCACUGUGACAUUCCAAAUCAUCAUAGUCGAAUUGUUAGGGACAUUUGCAUCCACGGUACCACUAUCUAAGAAUUUGUGGUCAGCCAGCGUUCUGAUGGGAGCCAUUAGUCUGCCGGUUGGAGCCAUCCUCAAGUUCAUCCCGGUUGAAUCUUCUACGCAACCUGGUGCAGUCAAGCAGCACGACGGCUAUGAACCACUUCCCAGGGGUCCAGACAUGGCUUGAAAGUUUUCAUUUCAGGUUCAAUUUUUAUAUUUAUAUUCUUUGUGAGGUUUGGUUACAAGUUGUUAAAACCUUCAUGUUAAAAGGGAGGGUAGAAUACAAGGGGCAGAUUGGUUUGGUUUUUUUAAGUCUUCUAAAUUUUGCCUUGGGGAUAAAAAAAAACUAUAUUACUUUGAUUUAUUGGUCAUUAUUUAUGGUACUCUGAAUAUUAUUAUUUUUUUCUAUUGAAAUAUAUACAAGGGUAUGCUGUUAUUGUA